UAUGAAACUGGGUCACUGAAUAUUAUGUACAUCUUCAUGAUCUGUACAUGCGCGUGACAGUGGUGCAUGAGUGACAAAAUCACUGGAGCAAGCUUGUUAUAACAAUCAAGCUAUCCAGAGGGAUUGUUCGUCUAAAAGAAUAAUCGUAACAAACUCUGAGUAGCUAUGGCUCAGGAUUCAACCCAACCCAAGGCGGUCAUUAAGAACGCGGACAUGAAUGAAGAUGAGCAACAAGACGCCAUUGACUGCGCCCAGAAAGCCAUGGAGAAAUUCAACAUCGAGAAAGACAUAGCAGCUUACAUUAAGAAGGAAUUUGACAGCAAAUACAACCCGACCUGGCAUUGCAUUGUGGGUAGGAACUUCGGCAGCUACGUCACUCAUGAGACUAAGCACUUCAUUUACUUCUACCUGGGUCAAGUGGCUAUAUUGCUCUUCAAAUCUGGAUGAUGGACCGGAUCUGUCUGAACAAGAAACGUUACAACCUCAACGAGUCAUGAUGAACCGUAUAUGAUACUGUGACAUUAUGAACAAAGGAUGUGUUAAUGAUAUCUAUUAUUUAUGUGGUUAAUUUCGGAGAUAACAGCUAAAUGUUUUUAUAGUCCAUAAUAUGCCCUACGUGUUUCCAAUUAUUAUACAUGUGGUGUUUUCUAUCUAGGAUUCUGCAGCAGUGUCAUUGAACCCCGUAUUUAUUUUCACAAUACGACACCUUUAAGCAACUUUCGUUGAAUAUGAGUUUUAACAAUAAGCAUACGAAACACAGGUUCCCAGAAUAGAUCAAGCCGAUAAACUUCAGUAUCUCAUAAUUUUCUUCGUUAAGUUGUACACGUUGAUGGUGUCAAACGCAUCUUGUUUAGAGAUCAGUGACAUUUAAAAUUUAAGAUUUCAUUCCAAAUAUGCUAACAUCCAGAGAAAAUCACAUCAAGAAGAUUACAUUAUUCUUUUCUUUCAGUAGUUUUGUCCGUGCGACCUUACUAUUGCCAAUAGCGAGCCUGCAAAAUAAAAGAGGAACUCUCGGACGACAUAACGCGUCAAAAUUAUGCUAUAAUCUAUUCAAAAUCCUUACUAAAUUUCAAAAUCUCUCAAUUUCUAUUCAAUAUGUUCAUUUUGCGAGCGAUUAGUGCUCUGAUUACUUUUUCAAACAACUUUUGAAGAAAACCAUUCGUACAACUCUGAUUGUUUUAAUUUCGGCUUAAUGCUAUAAAUACAAAAUGUAGUUCCUAUUUGCAGUCACAUGAUGCCGACAAACACUUUGAAUCCAUAUUGUUGAGAUCAAAAUAACCUCACUGAUUUCAAGAUUAAACAACUUGACUGAACUUUAAUAACCAUGUGAUUUGUAAACGAGAA